GGCGGAGUUUACGGUGAUCAGCUUCGGAGCGUUCGGCCAUGUAACGUGAAUCUCCCUUGGCACAACUCUACGACUUCGUCAACUGCAAAGCUAUAUGUAUACUGCACGUGGAGGCUGACACAGCAGACACAUCUGUGCGAUUCGAGCUUUUUUCCUAAACACUUGGCCCUUUGUAUUCGGAAAUGUGUCGCAUGGACUUACGUUAAGUGGGAGCGGAACGCGCUGCACACCGACGCCAGGAUGAGUGGGAGAUCCGCGGUGUCCCGCUCCGCGCCUUGUCGCUUUGCCCACUACUUUGUUAUUUGUGGGAUUGACACAGAAACUGGGCUUGAGCCGGACGAAUUAGCAGCUUUAUACCAGUGGUUAGAAGCAGACCGUCAAGGCAGGGAUCCAGAUACUCCAGCCACAGGUGAAAACUUUAAGCAGAGUCCUUUGAAAAGAACAUUCAAGUCCAAAGUUCUGGCACGUUACCCUGAGAAUGUGGCAGAAAACACAUUCGAUCAAGAUGCUGUCAACAUGCUGUGUAUGCCCAAAGGCCUGUCGUUCAAGACCCAGGUAGACCAACGCCAUCCUCAGUUUCACUCAUUUAUCAUCACCAAGGAGGAUGGCUCUAGAACUUAUGGUUUUGUCCACACCUUCUACGAGGAGGUGACCAACCCACAGAUCUGCUCUGCUAUGCAAACUCUAUACCAGAUGCACAGCUUAGAGCAUGCCUCGGCCAACCCCCCUUCCUCGUCUUCCUCCUCCUCCUCCUCCAGCAUGGACUCUCUGGCUAGCAGCUUAGAUGAGGCCGACUCUCCCACAUCCUCGUCCUCUUUGUCGCCACCUCGUUCAGUCGGCAGCUAUGACUCAUCACGGGACACCCUCUAUGUGUCCAAGGCCUUGUGUCUGAUCACGCCAAUGCCCUUUAUGUAUGCCUGCCGGCGUUUCCUAUCUCAGAUACACAGGGCUGUUACAGCAGUCACAGCCCCCCCACUGCCCUUAGAGAGCUAUGUUUACAAUAUACUGUACGAGGUGCCACUGCCUGCCCCAGGGCGCUCGCUUAAGUUUCAUUGUGUCUACGAGCCCAUUGUGUGUCAGAGGCCUAGUCUGGGGGAGCUUCCACUGGCUGACUUCCCUCUAGCUGAGGCCUUCACUCUACUGGGAGUGGAGAACCUGGUCCAGGUGUUUACCUGCACCCUCCUGGAAAUGCAGAUCCUCCUGUACUCACAGGACUACCAGCGGUUGAUGACAGUGGCAGAGAGUCUCACCACACUGCUGUUUCCAUUCCAAUGGCAGCAUGUGUACGUACCUAUCCUGCCAGCCUCCCUCCUCCACUUCCUGGAUGCACCUGUUCCCUACCUAAUGGGCCUACAGUCAAAGGAGGGUACUGAUCGCUCUAAACUAGAGCUUCCUCAAGAGGCUAACCUGUGUUUUGUGGACAUUGACAACCAUUACAUCGAGCUUCCCGAGGACUUUCCCCAGUUCCCCAACAAGACAGAGUUCAUUCAGGAGCUCAGCGAGGUUCUGCUAAGCUUUGACUUUUCUGCGAAAGCAGGGGCCCUACCACAACCAACCCUAAGCAGUCCUAACACCACGUCCUCCACACCGAACAGCGAACGCAAGACUGCUGCCCUCCAACAGCUAGAGGACGAUGGCCGUAACGGCAACUUAGCAGGGGAGGAGCUCACCGUGCUGGGGUUGCUGCAGGGAAAUGCCACCCUAGAGAGACUACAGGCACUGACCAAACGCACCAGGGUGACAGUGGCUCACAUAGAUGCCCUGAGGGCUAGAGUGAAUCCUCAAGGUACUGAGGGCCAAGGAGGUCAAACCGCGGCAGCAGCUAAAGAUGAAGAGCUAAGAAAUGCUAAGCUAAAUGUCCAGCUAAGAGAGGUGUUUGCCAGUCGCUUCACCACUAUGUUUGCUGACUAUGAAGCUUUUGUCAUCCAAAGCGCUCCAGACCUAGAGUCGUGGCUCACCAACAGGGAGCAGAUGCACAACUUUGACAAGGCCUCGUUUCUUUCCGAUCAGCCGGAGCCCUACUUGCCCUUCCUGUCACACUUCAUUGAGACACAAAUGUUUGCUACCUUCAUUGAUAACAAGAUCAUGUCGCAGUGGGAGGAAAAAGAGCUGCUUCUACAUGUCUUUGAUACUCGCAUUGACAAGACCCGCCUUUACAAUGUUCGUGCUCCCAGCCUCCGAUCCUCGAACUACCAGAGAUGUUCCAUUCUUAAGGAGUCUGCUCAGACCAUAGAGCAGCGUCUGAUGAAGAUCGAUCACACGGCCAUUCAUCCACACCUGCUUGACAUGAAGAUUGGUCAGGGCAAAUACUUGCAAGGCUUCUUCCCCAAACUGCAGGCCGAUGUGCUCAACACUGGGCCAACCAACAAGUGGUCUCACAGGACAGCAACAGCUCAGAGAAGGAAAGAUCGCCAUCAUCAGCAAACAGAGUAUCUGACCCUUGAUAACGACCUGAAAGAGUGUUGUACCGCUCCUCUUCCUCAGCAUGUAGAGGGCUGUCUGGUCCUGCAGAACUCCAUGGCAUUUUGGGAGUGGGACAAUGCGUCCCCUCCACCUGUCAAACCGCCUAAAAAGUCUGCCUCUGCAUCCUGCCUGAAGUACAUGCAGGAAGCCCGCAGCCUGGGGAAGAACCUGCGCCAGCCCAAACUGUCUGAUUUGUCUCCUGCUGUAAUAGCCCAGACCAACUGGAAGUUUGUGGAAGGACUGCUCAAGGAGUGUCGCAUGAAGACUAAGCGUAUGCUUGUGGAGAAGAUGGGCCAAGAGGCAGUGGAGCUGGGACAUGGCGAGGCCAACAUCACCGGGCUGGAGGAGAACACUCUAAUUGCCAGUCUGUGUGACCUGCUUGAGAGGAUCUGGAGCCAUGGGCUGCAGGUUAAACAGGGGAAGUCGGCUCUGUGGUCCCACCUGUUGCACUACCAGGCUCGAGAGGAAAAUGUGGAGCAGCACCAGGCUGAGCCACCAGUGUCUUAUGUUCCUGAGAGGAGAAAGUCAGAUUGUUCCAUAUCGUUGCCAUCUCUCCAUGUGUCUCUCAUACAGGACAUGAGGCACAUCCAGAGUAUGUCAGAGAUCAAGACGGAUGUGGGCCGAGCGAGAGCCUGGAUCCGUCUGUCCCUGGAAAAGAAGCUGCUCUCUCAGCACCUCAAACAGCUGCUGUCCCAACAAGCCUUAACCAAAAAGCUGUACAAACGUUACGCUUUCCUACGAUGUGAAGAAGAGAAGGAGCAGUUCCUGUUCCACCUGCUCUCCCUUAACGCUGUUGACUACUUCUGCUUCACCAGUGUCUUCACCACAAUCAUGAUCCCAUACAGGGUCGUCAUUAUUCCCAUCAAGAAGCUGACCAAUGCCAUGACCACCUCUAACCCCUGGGUGUGUGUCUCAGGAGAGCUGGGAGACUCAGGCAUCAUGCAGAUCCCCAAGAAUGUCCUGGAGAUGACCUUCGAUUCUGCUUUCAGGCCCCACACGCAAAUCUCUGCAUUAUUCAAGUGUCAGAACCUUGGGAAACUUACCACAGUGCAACUGGGCCAUGACAACGCAGGUCUCCUGACUAAAUGGCUUGUGGACUGUGUUGUGGUGCGCAACGAGAUCACAGGGCACAUGUACAGGUUCCCAUGUGGUCGCUGGCUAGGUAAGGGCGUAGAUGACGGUAGCCUGGAGAGGGUCCUCUUUGGCGAGCUGGUGGUGGCCACACUGGAGGAGAAUUCUGGAAAAGGCUGCUGGACACCCCCUUUUCAACGCUCACCAACCCAGAACAGACGCAUCAGCAUCACAUCGUUGUCUGGAAAAGGAACCAAGCCAACUUCAGCUCAAAUCCAAGAGGCCAUUGGGGAGGCAGUCAACAACAUCGUGAAACACUUCCUCAAGCCAGAGAAAGAGAGGGGCAGCCUGACGACUCUGUUGUGUGGAGAGAGUGGCUUGGUGGCUGCCCUCGAACAGUUUUUCUACCACGGCUUCAAGUCUGCCCGGCUCUUCCAAAAGUGUGUGUUCGUGUGGGACUUUGUAGAGAAGACCAUUGUCUACAUAGAGUCAGCUGACCAGAUGGGAGAUAUUCAAGAGACUGCAGCCCAUAUAGGGGUGACCUGUCAGUCACUCUGUCAUUAUGUCAAUGCAAUCAACUCCACCUCCAGGAACAUUGGCAAGGAUGGCAAGUUUCAGCUGCUGGUUUGUCUUGGAGCCAGAGACCGUCUGCUGCCCAAGUGGAUCCCCCUGCUGGUGGAGUGUCCGGUGAGUCUGCGGAUGUACGAGGAUGCUGCUCUACUAAGAGACUGCACAUCUGUCAACACCCUUAUCGGAAUCCUGGAGACGCUUCAUGAAUUCUCCAUCACAUUAGAGUCCUCGCUGGUAAAAGGCAUUAACCUUUAGGCACAGUCCAACAGGCAGCCUCAUAAUGUACUCCAAUCGCUCUUUCAGUACCACUGCUGAUUUCACAUGCACUGGAAAUGACUAACAAACUCUGGAAUCUUAAAAAAUUACCAAGGAAGGAGGGGAGACGUUACACCUAAAGAGACAUUUGGUGACCAAAGCAAAAAAGUAUCCACAGUUUGAGAUGGAACAAGUCAGAGCUUUGGAUCACCUGUAAGCCUGGAUGCAGUAUUUUGGCCUUACCUGAGGCUCUAAAAGACUUGUCAUGGUUACACUUACAUCAAAAACAAAUCCCAUUCCAAUAUAUAUCAUGCAGACUUUUUUAGACAUCACAUUACUGACAGAAUUUUUUUUUAAGUUUAGUGCAAUUUGAAAAUCUCACAGCAUGUGCAAGCCAAUAGGUUCUACUGAAAGUAAAUAGCAAGGGACCACACAAGAUGAUUUCAAGAAAAGUGGCUUGGUUGUUUCCUGGAACAGUUGCUUUCUUUUUUGUGUGUUAGGCAUAACAAUUCUAAAAUACUAUUCUGAAACAAAUUGGGGGUUUGGUUCUUCAAAAGACACACAAUAGACUACACAAUAGAAUGUAAUAGGACUGAACCACACCCACUGCAAUAGGCUAGCGACCUGUUUGGGGUGUACCCUGCCUCUUGCCCUAAGCCUGCUGGGAUAGGCUCCAACACCCCCGGUGACCCCACACAAGGUUCAGCGCUAGAAGAUGGAUGGAUGGGUGGAUGCACAGCACCCGUUUAGACCACACCCCAAAUGGUGGGGCCCAAAAGGUUUUAAUAUACUACUUCAUACUGUAAGUAACUAGAGGACAACUUGAAUCAAUGCAUUUAAUCUGUCUUCAAGGCCCACUGCCUUUUGCUCGCACUAACCAUCUGCUAAUUAGCUGGAUAAUACUAAUUUGUUUUGUCUUUCCUGAUGAUUGAGUAAACCAUCAUGAGAUGCUAUCUUCACCCCUGAUCCAGGUAAAACAACAGUGGAAGUUAAAAAAAAUAAACCCAGCAUUGGUCCUUGAGGAUCAACGCUUGACUCAGUUUGAAGUAUUAAACUGUGGCUUCUUGCAAGAUAAAUUAAUCUAGAGGAAGAGGAAGUUGCAAAAGAGAGAUCAAAGAUUUAGUAACAACAGCAGACGUUUGCCUUUGUUUUACUUGUUAGCCUAGCGCCACUUUCGUGGCGAUUUCUGUGUGAAAAUGCCUAUGCCUAGUACCUAGUACCUCCCAUAAUCUAGUUAGUGUUCGCAGUAGCAAACGUGCCGACAGGAGGUGAUACCAGGCAGAAAAUGAGCGUUCGGCACAAUUGUUGGGGACUUAUUAACUAUAUUGGAGUCUUUUACCUAAUUGUCAUGUAGCCUGUUACUGAAGAUUCACCAGCUCUUCAAGCCGUAAUUUACUAUCUGUUAUCUGUUUAAAUUUAACAUAAAAACAGGUCAGUGAUGACAUUGAAAGUUGUGUUUGCAGUGAAGGUCAAAUAAUCCUAUAAAAACACUGUCCACACCUACAGAGAAAGUGUAACAAAAGCAGAGCUUCUGCACUGCUUGUCUAGGAAGGAUUCAAUCAGGUACAGUGUAAAGCAUAGAUCAGUGUGUGGUUUCACUUGAACAUACAGUAAAGCACACAAACAUGACAGGUGGGUAAAAGCUAAUAAUUUUGGUUUUUGGAUCUUCUUUAUUUUACUCCCUUAAAUCCAUGCUGCAUGACACAGCGGUUGUUUGUUCUGUAAAUAUUCUCAUUAAUGCAUUUUCACACUUGUAUUAUAUGUAAUGUAUUUAAUGUGUUUUUUUCUAAUGGGUUUUAGAGUGAAGAAGUCUUGAGAGAAAUCAAAAAGUUGUCACCUUUGCAACCCCACCUUGUGUUUCUAUUAACAAGCAUGAAUGACACAUUGUUGUCAUGGUCAAUUUAAAUGUGUUGAUUUCUUUUAUUUAAUAUUUAAGUUCAUAGUUGAACACAGCACUGGUAUUUUAAGUAUGAUAAAUUCUGUGGAAUAACUGGAAAUAUCUGUGUCUGUAAACCACUGUUUCCUCUUGUUGAAUGUAUCUCUGCUUUUUGUUUCUACCCCUUUUAUUCCAUCUGUGUUUACUCUGAUUCACCUGCAGGACUGCACAGAUUCCUCCAUCCUCUACUGGAUUUGUUACUGUACAAACUGUACAGUGCAUAGGAUCCAGAGUUGUCCCUAAACUAGCACACAUGCUCUACUUACUGAAUGUGCUUGUUAUGUGGACUUAAAGCGUAGUAAGUGGCAAUAACUCCAGAGAGGAUCUGGUGAAGCAGGAAAUGCAACUUACAGUUUUGAUGGUGGAAGCUGUGUGUUAUGCUAAUGACAACAAAGCCGGCGGACAGUUUGACAUCUGUAUUGUGCAGACUUAUCAGUUCUGAUAUUUAUUAUAAAUAUUUCAUUAAAAAUGCCCAGUGUGAUAGCUAUACAUAUCUGUCUGUGUGACUACUGUACAUGUGUCCACAACUUGCAUCUCAUGAAUACACCAUUAUCCCUCUAGUGUAUGAAAUGCAACUAAAUUGAAAUAAAUUUCUGCUGCUUAAGGA